AUGUGGUGCGCAUCGUGCCUGGCGUCCGCCUGCGCGGGCUGCACCUGCAACCUCUGCGCGUCGGCGGCAUCGGCCGUGUCCCGCCGCUCCGCGCGCCUCGCCUACUGCGGCCUCUUCGCCGCCUCCCUUAUCCUCUCCUUCUUGCUCCGCCAGUUCGCCGCGCCGCUCCUCAAGCAUAUCCCAUGGAUAAAUGCAUUUGAUCAAACACCACCAGAAGAAUGGUUUCAAAUGAAUGCUGUUCUUCGUGUCAAUGGAAGUGUUAUGCCUGCUUCUGUCAUUUCUGUUUACUGUACAUACCUGUGCUACACUAGUCUCUCCAGUGAACCGGAUGACUACGAGUGCAAUGGGCUUCACAGGCAUUCUAAGCAAGUUUCAAUGGGUGCUCUUAUACUCGGGAUGCUCACUACGGUGCUCUCUGUUGUGUACUCCGCAGUUCGCGCUGGAUCUUCAACUACAUUCCUUUCGCCGCCAUCAUCUCCUAGAUCUGGAGCCAAAAACCCACUACUCGGUGACGAGGAGGAUGGCAAAGAAAGUGAACCACGCCCCGUGAGCUAUUCCUACACCUUCUUCCACCUCAUCUUCGCCCUUGCAAGCAUGUAUUCAGCCAUGCUCUUGACUGGCUGGACGAGCGCUGCAUCAGAGAGGUCAGAGCUGAUGGAUGUUGGAUGGACCACCGUCUGGGUGCGCAUCUGCACAGAGUGGGUCACCGCCGCGUUGUACAUCUGGACCCUCAUCGCCCCACUGCUCUUCCCAGACCGUGAUUUCUCCUAG